AGUUACCACUCGUCUUCAUUGUCAUCAGCAGCAGAAGCAGGAGGAAGUGAGUUAGAAGUCAAGUCUUGCGAUCCGAUUCGAGUGCGAUUUGUGGAGUGUGUUUUUGGGUUCUGUCGUUGUCGUUGCCGCAGAGUUCGAGGAGAAAAAAAUGCAGCCCAUGAAGAACGCGGCGGCUUCGGCCAAGGAGGCGGCGGCCAACGUCGGCGCCUCCGCCAAGGCCGGCAUGGAGAAGACCAAGGCCGUCGCCCAGGAGAAGAUGGAGAAGAUGACGGCCCACGAUCCUGUCGAGAAGCAGAUGGCCACGGAGAAGAAGCACGAGCGGAUCGAUCAGGCCGAGCUCAACAAGCAGAUGGCCCGCGAGGAAAACGCCGCCUCCAAGCAGUCCACCGCCGCUACUGGCCACCUCGCCAACACCACCACCGGCCCCGGCACCACCACCACCACCACCACCGGCACCACCGCCACCUACCCCACCACCGGCGCGACCGGCCGGCCGACCGGGGCGCACCAGAUGUCAGCCCUGCCCGGCCACGGCACGGGGCAGCCGGUCAGGCAGGUGGUCGAGGGUGUGGCGGGGUCCCAACCCAUCGGGACCAACACGGGCACGGGGCAGACGACGGCGCACAACACCCGGGUUGGCGGGACCGGGCAGGGCUAUGGCACGGGCGGGGCCUAUAAUUAAAUCAGAAGCGAUGGGGGACGGAAGGGGGAGUGUAGAUGAGUUGGGUUGCUAUGGUAGAGGAGUAAUAAGGAAUCGUAUCGUACGAGUGUGUUUCCCUUCUUUGAAUUGCGGUGUACUACUAGUUUCCAGGUCACUCUCGUGUUUUGGGGAGGGUGUUUGUGAUUUGUAAAGAUGCAUUUUGCCCAUGGUUUUAAUAAGACAAGAUGAUGUGUUCUGCCCCUAA